CGGACCAAGAUCAGACAUCCUCCGUGACUGGGCUUGCUGGACUCUGCACCAUGAUGAAGAGAUUUCUAAGGUUGCUGCCAGGAUUCUCACUGCUGCUGCUUUUGUCAUUGGGACCUACAGCCCAGCACUCUAGAGCCUGUGCUCGCUGGUGCCCUCGGAACUCCAUAUGUGUCAGUGGCACCGCCUGUCUCUGCCAUCCAGGAUUCAUUUCUUUGUCUGGGGAGAUCAUCACCAACCCCGCGGAGACCUGCGAUGACAUCAAUGAGUGUGAAGCCCCCUUGGCAGUGUCCUGUGGGAAAUUCGCAGACUGCCAGAACACGGAAGGGAGCUACUACUGCACAUGCAGCCCAGGAUAUGAGCUUGUUUCUGGAGGAAGAACGUUCAGGAACGAGAAUGAGAACACAUGUCAAGAUGAGGACGAGUGCAGCUCCGGGCGGCAUCAGUGUCACAGCUCCACUGUCUGCGUCAACACUGUGGACUCCUACAGGUGCCGCUGCCGCCCAGGGUGGAUACUGAUUCCUGGGUCCCCCGAUGGCCCCAACAACACCGUCUGCGAAGAGAUCUUCCCCCCGUGGACUCCACCUCUUGGAAUCAUGACCCAGCGUCUCUCCCAGUUCUUUGAAAGAGUUGAGGAUCUGCGCAGAGACUUCAAGUCAGCCUUGGCCCAGGUCACCAUCCAGAACCUCAUGCAGGAGGUGGAUGUUCUGCUGGAGACCCCAGGGGACCUGGAGACCCUGCCCCGCUCUGAGCAGCACUGUGUGGCCUCUAACCUUCUCUUUGGCCUGGAGGAUGUCCUGAGAGGGCUGAGCAAGGCCCUGCCCACUGGGUCAUUGACCUUCAAUUCAUCUGCAGGCACAGAACUGUCCAUGGAGGUGCUGGAGCAAGGAGACAGGAAUGUCAUCUUGAGUCAGAAUCAGGCAAAGAUGCUGCUGAACUGGGAUAUGGUGCAGGAAUCUGGUGACUCAGGCCCUUCUGUGGUGGGCCUUGUCUCCACUCCAGGGAUGGGUAAGUUGCUGGCUGAGGCCCCCCUGGUCCUGGAGCCUGAGAAGCGAGCAGUUGUACAUGAGACGCAUAAGGACUUGCGGCAGGUAGUCUCCCCGGUUCUGCUCUCAGAUGUUUUCACCUCCUUUAUGAACAACAAUGACACCCAGAACCUCAGCUUCCAAGUCACCUUCAUCUUUAACCACUCAGUGACCUCUGGGCCAAGGCAGAGGGUGUUCUGUGUCUUCUGGGAGCGUGGCCAGAAUGGAAGUGGUCAUUGGGCCACCACAGGCUGCAGGGUGGUGGACACCAGAGACACCAGCACCACCUGCCACUGCACCCACCUCAGCAGCUUCGCCGUCCUCAUGGCCCACUACGACGUGCAGGAGGAGGACCCUGUGCUGGCUGUGAUCACCUACAUAGGGCUGAGCCUCUCUCUGCUGUGCCUCCUCCUGGCGGCCCUCACCUUCCUGCUGUGCAGAGCCAUCCAGAACACCAGCACCUCGCUCCACCUGCAGCUCUCCCUCUGCCUCCUCCUGGCCCACCUCCUCUUCCUCACGGCCAUCGACCGAACCAAGAUCAAGGUGUUGUGCGCCCUCAUCGCAGGUGCCUUACACUAUCUCUACCUGGCCUCCUUCACCUGGAUGCUGCUGGAGGGCCUGCACCUCUUCCUCACUGCUCGCAACCUGAUGGUGGUCAACUACUCCAGCGCGAGCAGGUUCAUGAGGAAGCUCAUGUUCCCUGUGGGCUACGGGGUCCCGGCUGUGAUUGUGGCCAUUUCUGCAGCAUCCAGGCCUCACCUUUAUGGAACACCCACCCGCUGCUGGCUCCACUCAGAAAAAGGAUUUAUAUGGGGCUUCCUUGGACCAGUCUGUGCCAUCUUCUCUGUCAAUGAAACUUUCUUUUUGGUGACCCUCUGGAUUUUGAAAAGCAAACUCUCUUCCCUCAACAGUGAUGUGUCCACCCUCCAGAACAAAAGGAUGCUGACAUUUAAAGCAACAGCUCAGCUCUUCAUCUUGGGCUGCACGUGGUGUCUAGGAAUCCUGCAGGUGGGUCCAGCUGCCCACGUCAUGGCCUACCUCUUCACCAUCAUCAACAGCCUGCAGGGUGUCUUCAUCUUCCUCGUGUACUGUCUCCUCAGCCAGCAGGUUCGGGAGCAAUAUGGGAAAUGGUUCAAAAGGGUCAGAAAUAUCAAAGGCAAGUCUGAGACAUAUACGCUUUCCAGCAGAGCCAUGUCUGAUGCCUCCAAACCCAUCAUGGUUUAUUAAAAUAUCUUUUGAACUAUAUCUUCUUGUCCUAUGGAAUAUAAGAAGAGAGGAUAAAAGAAGACUUUGUGGCGUGUUUUUCAAGAAAUCCAUCAUUUCAACAAUGUGAAGGAAGUCAUGUGGACAUGCUCGACACUCAGUUCCUGUGAAAUCUGGAAUUUUCCUGUGCCCUACAGUGUGCUCAGAAAACAUUCAACAUAUAAAAGGCCAGGUGUCGUCCAAUUUUUGAGGUCCUGAAGCCUCUCCUUCCUACAAAGACUAUUCCAGAUGCUGAAAGUCUAUGAGUGGGAAAACCAGCCUCAGUGGAUUUUCACACUGACAACAUGCAAAAGAACGGGGAUAUUCACGCUGUACUCAGGAUUUCUUACUUCCUUUGUUCUAUUUUCUAUGUGUUUAAUUAUUCACUCAUUCAAAAAUAUUGACUACUUACAUGUCCAAGGCAGAGAUCAGGAGAGACAGAGGUCCUGCCUUCAUGGAGCUUUCAGGGGGAAAGGAAGUGAUUUUUACAGCUAGAGUUGACACAGGCUGAAAGAUUUCUAUAAACCAAGUCAUACAGCUGGACAAUUGAGAAUAAACUAUUUCACAGACACCAUCUCAUUUCAUCCUCACACCAGGAUGCAGAUAGUUUAAAAGUUCAGGUCAUGAUAUGUAUAUUUUAGGCUUUGUGGGCCAGUGUAUUAGUCAGGGUUCUCCAGAGAAAUAGAACCUAUAUAUACAUAUAUAUACACAUAUAUAUAUAUAUGUAGAUACAUAUAUAUAUGUAAAGAUAUAUAUAUACACACACACGUAUACCUACAGACACAUACCCACUCACAUACAUUUAUAUGUGUAUAUGAAAAGAUAUAUGUAUUAUGAGGUAAUGACUCACAUGAUAAUGGAGAUUGAGAUGUCCCACAAUCUGCCACAUGCCAUUUGAAUACCCUGGAAAACCUGUGGUAUAGUUUGAAGGCCUGAGAGCUAGAGAGCCAUAGAUUCUGGUCUGGGUCUGAAAGCCUGAGAACCAAGAGCACCGAGGGCAGAAGACUGAUGUCCCAGCUCAAACAGUCCAGCUGAGUUCAUUCAAACUUCCUCUGGCAUUUUCUUCUCUCCAGACCCUCAAUGGGUUGAGUGAUGCCCAUCCACACUGGAGAGGGCCAUCUACUUUACACAGUCCACCAGUUCAAAUGCUAAUCUCUUCUGGAAACACCCUCACAGAUACACCCUGAAAUCAUGCCUAACCAGCUAUGUGGGCAUCCUGUGGCUCAGUCAAGUUGCCACAUAAAAUUAACCAUCACAGCCAGGUAUCUAUAGCAACAACUCAACUCUGCCAUUGUAGCAGGAAAACUGCCAUAGACACUCACAGAUGAAUGAUCAUGGCUGUGUUUUAAUAAAAUGUUAUUUAUGGACAUAAUAUAGAUAUUCAGGGGAGCUCUUCAUCCUACACCAAUUUAUUCAUUGACUCUUCAAAUAUUUAAUGAGCACCCACUCAUUUGAAAGGCAUCAUGCUAAACUGAAAGAAACGAAAAUGAACAAGGCAGACAUGAUCCCCAUGCCCAGGGAUCUUGAGGACCUGUGUAUUAGUCAGCUCAGCCUGCCACAAAAAAAAUACCAUAGACUGGGUGGCUUGAACAACAGAUAUUUCUUUUGUCAUAGCUCUGGAGGCUGGGAAGGCCAAGAUCAAGGUUUGACAGAGUUUGG